ACUUUUUUCUCGAGUUUCUUCUUCAUUCUUCUCACUCUGCCAAUAUUUCUCAUGGCUGGUGAGAAAGAAAUAAAGGAAAUAUAUGAUAAUGGAAUGAAAAUUUUGGAAGAAUUAACCAGCAAUGCUUAUGAAAUACAAGAACAAAUGUUGGAGGAGAUACUAAUAAGAAAUGCAGGAACAGAAUAUCUAAGCAGAUUCUUCGUCCAUGGCCAAAAUCACAAGCAAAACUUCAAAGCAAAUGUACCCAUUGUUACUUACGAAGAUAUCAAGCCUUACAUAGAUCGGAUUGCCAAUGGAGAGACCUCGUCUAUCCUUUUUGCUGAUCCCAUCACCCAGUUCAUUCAAAGCACUGGUACUUCUGAGGGGAAGCCGAAGUUGAUACCCAUGACAGCUGAAAGUUUUGAGAAAAGGAUGGUAAAACCACUGCUGGUUGACCUUGUCAUGAAAAAGUGUAUCAGUGGGUUAGACCAAGGCAAAUCGUUCUACUUAUUUUUUGUCAAACCAGAGAUGGAAACUCCGUCUGGUUUAAUGGCAUCACUCUACACAACAUCCUAUUUCAAGACCCAAAUCUUCAAAAAUGGUCUGGCUAAGUUUUGCACAAGUCCUAUUGACACCAUCUUAUGUUUGGACAACAAACAAAGUAUGUACUGCCAAUUGCUUACCGGUUUACUAUUGCGAGAUGAGGUUGUACGGAUUGGUUCAAGCUUUGCAUCGGUUUUGGCAAGGAGCAUCAAGUUCUUAGAAGAUUAUUGGAAAGAAUUAUGUUCUAACAUUAGAACAGGUUUUCUCAGUGAUUGGAUUGCUGACCCUGCUUGCAGAAAUGCUAUGUCAUCCAUCCUUACCAGGCCAGAACCUGAAUUGGCUGAUUUGAUUCAACAAAUAUGUGAAGAUAAAUCAUGGGAAGGAAUAAUUAAGGAGGUUUGGCCUGAAGUUAAGUGUAUUAGUUCCAUCGUCACAGGCAGCAUGAGCCAAUAUAUUCCACUACUUGAAUUUUAUGGUGGAGGGAUCCCUUUAGUUUCGCCAAAUUGUGGUUCUUCGGAAGCUUGUUUCGGGAUCAAUUUAGAACCUCUAAGCAAACCCUUUGAUGUCUCUUACACCAUUCUCCCAAAUAUGGCUUACUUCGAAUUUCUCCCUGUGAAUAACGAUGGUGGAGGGAAGUCUCGAGAAUUCAAACUUCGUGGUGCAUCAGCUACUGAGUCCUCUGAAAGCACAAAUGAGACUACCACCGUCAACAAACCGGUCGAUCUUGCAAAUGUGAAGAUUGGUCGAUAUUACGAAGUUGUUGUCACAACAUUGGCAGGUCUAUAUCGAUACAGAGUCGGAGAUGUUCUCAAGGUGACAGGAUUCUAUAAUAAAUCUCCGCAGUUCCAAUUUGUGGAACGACAAAAUGUGGUUUUGAGUAUUGAUUUGGACAAAACAACUGAAGUAGACCUUUCGAAAGCAAUCACGAAAGCAAAACUUGUCCUUGAACCACUCGGCAUCAUGUUAACCACAUACAGUAGCUACGCUGACACUUCAUUGACCCCAGGUCGAUAUGUAUUGUUUUGGGAGCUCAAGAUGAAAGGCAGCAAUGAUUUACCAAAACUUGAUGCCAAGAUAAUGGAAGAAUGCUGCGGUAUAGUGGAAGAGUCAUUUGAUUUUACAUAUAAAUCACUUAGGAAAGGUGGUGUAAUUUCAGCUUUAGAGCUAAGGGUGGUUAAACAUGGAACCUUUGAUGAACUCAUGGAUUUCUAUGUAUCAAAGGGAGCUUCCAUUUCCCAAUACAAGCCACCUAGUUGCCUUAAAUCUGAGGAAGCUGUAAAGAUAUUGAAUUUAGGGAUGGUGGGGACGUUUUUUAGCCCCAAAACCAUGUUUUAAGCCGCAUUGUUUGACAAUUAAUCAAGCAUUGUCGAGAUAAUCCUGCAAGGUGAAAAUAUUGCGGGUAUGAACUUCA